UCUUAACCUCGGCCAUCUCGUGUGCCUCGUGCACAUUCAACAUUGAUUUUAAUUGUGUGCUUUCUCCAAAAUGUACCAUACUAUAUCAUCUUGUCAGAAUUCCAAACUCCAACUAUAACCACCAUUGAAGUCAUCUACACACAAACACACACACUCUUUCUCCCUAAAAAUGUCUUCUCUCCACAUUUGCAAAGUCCAAACAACAAGAGCAAUACUUAGCCGUUUCCACAUACUCUUCCACUCCUUAGCCAUCCUUGCUUUAUUCUACUACCGUUUUACAUCGUUCUCUACCACCAAAUCAGGCAUACUUCCAUGGACCUUACUAACCACAGCAGAGGUGGUUCUAGGCUUUGUAUGGGCGUUAACACAGGCCUUUCGAUGGCGGCCUGUGUUGCGAGAUGUAGCUGGAUGGGAUUCCAUCAAGGAGGAACAACUGCCAGGGGUGGACGUGUUCAUAUGCACAGCUGAUCCAAUAAAGGAGCCGGUGUUAGAGGUGAUGAACACGGUGCUUUCGGCGAUGGCAUUGGAUUACCCGGCAGAGAAGUUGGGUGUUUAUCUUUCGGAUGAUGGAGGUUCUCCCUUGACUAGGGAGGCUAUUAAGGAGGCUUCUAAGUUUGCUAAGGUUUGGCUUCCUUUUUGUAGUAAGUAUGGUAUCAAGACUAGGUGUCCUCAGGCUUUCUUCUCUUCUUUUUGUGAUGGGGAAAGACUUGAUUGGAAUCAGGACUUUAAGGCUGAUGAAUUGGUGCUCAAGUCAAAAUAUGAAGCUUUUAAGAAUUAUGUGGAGAAAGCAAGUGAAGAUGAAAGCAAAUGCACCAUGGCACAUGAUCGUUCCCCUUGCGUUGAGAUUAUACAUGACAACAAGCAAAAUGGAGAAGGCGAAGUGAAAAUGCCCCUUUUGGUCUACGUAUCCAGGGAAAAGAGACCAAAUCGUCCUCAUCGUUUCAAAGCCGGAGCUCUUAAUGCUCUUCUCAGAGUAUCAGGUGUAUUGAGCAACGGGCCUUACUUAUUGGUGUUGGACUGUGAUAUGUACUGCAAUGAUCCAACUUCUGCUCGUCAAUCUAUGUGCUUUCAUCUUGACCCAAAAUUGGCUCCUUCACUUGCAUUUGUGCAAUACCCACAAAUUUUCUACAACACCAGUAAAAAUGAUAUCUAUGAUGGCCAAGCUAGAUCCGCGUACAAGACAAAAUGGCAAGGAAUGGAUGGUAUUAGAGGACCAGUCUUGACAGGAACAGGGUAUUACUUGAAGAGGAAAGCAUUGUAUGGACAACCUCAUAACGAAGAUGAAUUUCUCAUUAAUCAACCAGAGAAGGCCUUCGGCUCCUCCACAAAAUUCAUUGCGUCAGUUAGUUCAAACUCCAAGCAAAAUAUGGCCUUGAAGGAAAUGACAAGAGACGACUUGUUAGAAGAGGCUAAAAAUUUGGCUACUUGUGCAUAUGAAUCAAACACUGAAUGGGGUAACAAGAUUGGAUAUUCGUAUGAGUGUUUGUUGGAGAGUACAUUUACCGGAUAUCUCUUACAUUGCAAAGGAUGGAUUUCCGUGUAUCUUUACCCAAAAAGACCCUGCUUCUUAGGAUGCACGACGAUUGACAUGAAAGAUGCCAUGGUUCAACUAAUGAAAUGGACCUCUGGAUUACUAGGAGUUGGCAUAUCAAAGUUUAGCCCUCUAACUUAUGCCUUUUCGAGGAUGUCUAUAUUACAAAGCAUGUGCUACGGUUACUUCACAUUUUCAGCCCUUUUCGGAGUUUCGUUCUUAAUAUAUGGCAUCGUCCUUCCAGUAUGCCUAUUGAAGGGUGUUCCUGUUUUUCCUAAGGUAUCGGAUCCAUGGAUUGGAGUUUUCGUGGUAGUAUUUGCAUCCUCCCUCCUUCAACAUUUAUACGAGGUUCUCUCAAGUGACGAUUCCAUUAAAACAUGGUGGAACGAGAUCAGAAUUUGGAUCAUCAAAUCGGUAACAGCUUCCUUAUUUGGAACAAUGGAUGCAAUAAUGAAAAAGAUCGGCAUACAAAAGGCUAGUUUCCGAUUAACUAACAAGGUUGUGGACAAGGAAAAGCUCGAAAAAUAUGAGAAGGGCAAGUUUGAUUUCCAAGGAGCAGCUGUGUUCAUGGUUCCUCUUAUCAUUUUAGUGGUACUAAAUAUGGUGUCAUUUGUUGGCGGAUUAAGAAGGGCAAUAAUCAACAAGAAUUGUGAUGAAAUGUUUGGGCAACUUUUCCUCUCAUUCUUUCUCUUAGUUCUUAGCUACCCCGUUUUAGAAGGGAUAGUAACAAAAGUAAGAAAAGGACGUGAUUGAGAUGAAUUUGCAUUGUUUGGUAAAAGAUCCAAACUUAGAGAAAGAGAUUGCGUAGGAGAUCAAAGGAAACAAUGUGAGAGAUUUACAGGCUUCAUGAGGCUUAAGACCUCAUUAAUUUUUGUGACAAUUUACAAAUUCUGUCUCUAUAUUUUGGUCAAGACGUAUCAUUUGAAAAUUUCCAUGGUUAGGUAGUUAGAUUUCAAUGUUCCACGUUUGUAAAUAAGAAGAUAAAAUAAGGAAAUUUGUGAUUUUAGCUUUACAUUUCUAUGAGAUAGUCCUUUGUUGUGAUGAAAGUUGUGUUCUUAGUGAAAAUAAUAAAACGUGACAUCAAAAUUUUGAGUA